GGCUAUUGUUUGUUUUCCCAGAAGCCACUGCUCACCGCGCCAACAAGGCCACCGGGACGAGCAGAAGUGGCCAGUCGCCAUCGUUGGAUGCUGAUCCCUGAGGAGCAGGAGUCAUGACCUCGGUGGUCCUGGUGGACGCGGGGGGGAGCGUGGUGGAGUACGUCACCGCUGAAGACGACCCGCAACACGAGGACGGAGAGUGUGAGCUGGAGCUGGAAGGAGAGGUGGAGGGCCAGUGUGAAGCUGAGGAGGAGGAGGAGGAGGAGGAGGAGGAGGAGGAGGAGGACCCAGCAGUCCUGGUGGAGGAGGUACCGGGGCACCGCCUGGCUGACGAGGAGAGCUACUCCACUCAGGUGUUGGUGUGUGGUGUUGAGACAAACGUCCUGCAGGAGGUGGACACCGAAGCAGAACCAGUGGAGGCUUCUGUCCACGGGACCAGCAUCCACUGCUCCGACAAAACCAUCGAGGCUGCAGAGACUCUGCUCCACAUGGACUCGCCCUCCAGCCUCCGAGAAGAUCGGAGUCCAGAAGCGUUCGUGCCUCAGUUUGACUCGACCCCCGUCUUCCUCCACGCCGCCAUGCGGCCCGAGAUGAUAACGGAGACGGAGGUGGAGGUCUCGACUGUGGAGUGCUGCGAGGAAGACGACGAGAUCGGAUCCUUGAUGGAAGAGUCUGAGCCCGACAACGAGCCCAUCAGGAAGAGGCGAGCUGGACGGAAGCCGAAGACGCAUCAGUCGACCCUCGCCAACGGCUCGCUGGAUCUCGGCAUCAAGAAGAAACCACGAGAAGGAAAAGCAGGCAGCACCACCUACCUGUGGGAGUUCCUGCUGGACCUGCUCCAGGACAAGAACACCUGUCCCCGCUACAUCAAGUGGACCCAGAGGGAGAAGGGCAUCUUCAAGCUGGUGGACUCCAAGGCCGUGUCCAAGCUCUGGGGCAAACACAAGAACAAGCCGGACAUGAACUACGAGACCAUGGGACGGGCGCUCAGGUAUUACUACCAGCGCGGCAUCCUGGCCAAGGUGGAGGGCCAGCGGCUGGUCUACCAGUUCAAGGAGAUGCCCAAGAACAUCAUCAUCAUCGACGACAAGACGGACAUGCCGGACGAGCUGAUGGGCUCGGACGGCGCGGCCUCGUACGAGCGCGUGCUGCCGCCGGCGGACAUGUUCCUGCAGGCCAGCGAGCUGUCCUGCUCCAAGAAGCCCAACAUCCUGCGGGGGGGCAACAGAGCCGGCCUGGUCCAGGCUCCGGCCGCCACGGGCGGCACGGCGGUGGCCGUGAGCCGGCCGGUGGUGACGGCGGCGCCGCCCAAGAUCCUGACGCUGUCCGCCAUGCCGGACGGCAGCCAGAACCAGCCGUCGCAGACGAUGAUCCAGAACGCCGCCGGCCCGCCCAGGACGGUGCGGGUGGCUAUGCAGGUUCCUGUCGUCAUGACGACCUCGCUGGGUCAGAAGAUCCCCACCGUCACCAUGCAGCAGCAGGCCGGAACGACGGGGCCGGCCGGCGCCGCCACGCUGCUCACCAACACCUCAGCCAUCAGCGCCGCCAACUCCCAGCAGAAGGUGGUGAUCCAGACCAUUCCCACGAUGGUCCCGGCCACGGCGGAGAACGGGGACAAGAUCACGGUCCAGCUGGCCAAGAUCAUCACCAUCCCGGCCCACCAGCUGGCCCAGUGCCAGCUGCAGGCCUCCGGCGGCGGCGCCGGCAAGCCCGGCGUGGCGGCGUCCCCGGCCGGCCUCAGCCUGCUGGGCGGCCCGCUGACGGUGCGGGCGCUGGCCCCCGUCAGCGUGGCCUCGGGGACGCAGGUGAUGCGGCUGGCCGUCCCCGGGGCGGGCCCGCCGCAGACGCUGGUGGUGUCGCAGGCGGGCGGCACGGGCGGCGUGGUCACGGUGACGGCCGCCACCCAGACGCCGGCGGCGGUGACGCAGUCCCACAUCAUCGGCAGCAUCAUCAACGGCACGGAGGUGUCGGUGGAGAAGCUGAAGGCGGCCGGGGUCCAGAUCCAGGCCCUGCAGGUGCCCAGCCUCAAAACGCUGCACGCCGCGCAGACGGAGGCGGCGGACGCCCAGGCGGGUCGACUGAUACCGCCAGACGCCAUAAAGACGGAAGAGCCCGAGUGUUAAACCCUCCUCCCCCACUUAACGUUAGUUUGUACAUUUCCGACAUCAUUUUUACUCGUAAUAACCAGCAGAAGUCUGAGACUCAAAGGCUUCCC